CCACAAAGAAUCAUGACGAGCAUAAGUUUCUUUAGCGAGUGUCGGUUCGACCUGUGGCCAUCCCUAUUUGCAUUGUGAAAUUGUGAUGAUGAAGAAGGGCAAAUAGUUUCCCUCCAUGAGUUUAAAUUUCAAAAUCAGAUAGCAGAAACGUCUCACUCUCACUAUAGACUCUCGACUUCCUGUCUGGACGCCAUUACCAUACCAUUUUCUCAUAAAAUCCUCAAAUUUUGUUUGCUCCCACCAUAAUCAUAAUCUCAUUUCUUUGAUACACUUUCUCUUCAUUUCUCACCUUUCAAUUUGUCUCUUUUUGAUUUGAAAUUUCACCUAAGAUUCAUCAUCACCAUCAUCAUCAUUCUCAUCAUUGUUUUCUUUUUAAUCAUCUAUAUAAAACCCUAAUUUUCACCAUUUUUAUGAUAUGCCAGUGACUUACUGUGACGUUUUUACCAUUCUUUGGCGAUCCAUGGCUUGUUUUUUUGGUUGCUUUGGAGUUCGCAAUCAAUGUCGUCGUCGUCAUUCUCUACCUUCUACUGAUGAUGCUACUAAAGUUGUUGUUGUUGAGGGAGAACAGCGUCAAAAGAUCCGUCUGUCGUCUCUUUUCACUGCAGAAGAGGAAGCAGAUAGUGCUGUGAAACAACGGGAUAAUGAAAACCUUCUGCAUCGUGCAGGACAGUUUGACGUCAAUGAAGAGCUUGUGGAAGAAGCUAAGUUUCUUAAAGCAAUAGGCACACUGCCAGAAACCCCAGCUGAAAUUCGGAGAAGAGUUAUUAUUGUAGAAAACACGGGCAAUUUAGGUGAACAAAGACCACCCAAUGUGCUUGAACGUACACCACGGAAUCCAGCUGAAUUCCCACAAGGAGAAAUUGCGGCUGAGAGUUUGGAGAGGUCUGAAGUACAAAGUUUUCAUAGUUCUCUGGAUUCUUCGCCAGAAACACCUGAAGAAGUCCUAAAGUUGGAUGAUGCUUUUGCUGAACAUUCUGUGAAAUUUGACACUCCAAAACCACCUCAUAGAAAGUCUUCUCCUUAUCCGACACCAAAAUUGGUUACUGCUGACAUGCAAACACCAGGAACUGCAUUUGCUACAAAUAUGAAAAGCUUGACAAAAGGGAACGUUCGAAUACGGUCUCAGUAUGUGUAUACAGUCUUAAAUCCAAUUGAGAAUCUUUGUCAGCUGGAUGAAUUGAAGGAAGAAAAUGCUGUUCUAGAAGCAUCAGAUAAUGAAUGGGAACAACUCUCUAAGCAAGGAAAUACUACUCCAGCGGUGGGUUCAAGAGAAAAUUUUCCUGACAAGAAACUGGGAGACAUCAGUUUAUCUGCUUGGCUGAAGCCUCCACUUCCCAAGGUUGACGGUGAUUUCCCUGGUCGCAAGAAGCCUUCUAUUGUAAGAACUUCUGAAGACAGGCCUAUAAUUGGUUUGGUUGCUACACAUUGGAACAAUCAAGAAGAAGAUACUUAUAUCUCACCGAAGCCCUGGGAUGGUAAUGGGAUUCCAAACUCAACAACUAAAUACAAAGAGGAUCAGAAAGUCUGUUGGCAUGCUACUCCAUUUGAAGAGAGGCUGGAAAAAGCCCUGUCUGAAGAGACGGCUGUUCCUCAAAGGAACCCAGUCAUGGGGGCACCAAUUUCAUUUGAAGAAACGGAAGCCCAGGAUACAGCUACAUCUCAGCUCCUGUCAAUUCCAAAAUCCGUGGUGUCAUUUUAAUUCUCGACAUGGAGUUUUUGAGAGUAUGAAGAGGAUUGAUUUUGCUUAAGCGAUUAUUGCAAAUAUCGCCGAAUAUAGCUUAAGUUCUUACAGUGAAUAUGAGCAUCGCUUGUAUGUCUUGGUGCAUGAACAUUGUGGAAUGAAUCCAUAAUUUGCACGUAAGGAUCCAGCAGAAUGGAAAUUUGGUGUAUAGAUAUAUUUGAAGAAAUGGAUUGCUGGUUAUGUUCUAUGUUCUAUGUUCUAUGUUCUGUUGAAUAAUAGAAGUUUUCAUGCACAUUAUCAUGCUUGGUUUUGGUA